AUGAUCGAUAUGAUCGAUAUGGAACCAACCUUUAACAAAAAAGAUUACUUUAAACGCCGUAACUUAUUCGACCGUGGCUUUUUCUAUAAUGACGGAAACUCAGCAAAUGACCUGCCAGAUCAUGUCGAAGCGCUCCGAGGGUCGAUUCUUGACUUCACUUGCGAUGAGUUGAACCAGAAGGCUUCUGACAAGGAUAAAAAAGUCGCAAACCAAGGAACGGACCUUACCAACAGGAAAGUUGAAGAAAAAGAUUGGGAACACUUUUUUCGAGACAACUUCUUUAAACUGCUUGAAGAAAGCAUCUUGGCGUCUGAGAGCUCAUGUGAUAACCAUAUAGUUUGCUCCUCCAAUGCUCGAUGGGUAGUAUUCAAUCCAAAGAAUGACGGACUUGGCAGUGCAAUUCCCGAUAGAUUGAAAAAUGAGAGCGCACCACAGCCUGACUAUGCUUUCUAUUUUCCAAUCAAUCGGCCACCCGCCAACUCUCUUCUAGCUCUGGAGCCGCGCCAAGAAUCGGCGCUGUUCUCAUUGCCGGCCUUGAAAGACCUUUACACACAUGGCUUACGACCAUCUCCCUUCCAUCCUUUCGAGAAGAGCUUUAAAGAGAAGCACCUGAAGUGCUUUCCUUGGCUCGUUAUUGAGUCCAAGCCGAAACCAGGCACAAACGGUGCCAUCACGCGAUUGAGAGAGGUGGCCUACAGUCAAGCCGUUAACGGCAGCGGUUGUGCUGUCAGACUCAACGAGAUUGCCGCAUUAUAUGAGACGAAUUUGCUUGGCCUGGCGCAUAUCCCCCCAGUCCCAGCCGUGACUACAGUUGGGCCUGAAGUUAAAGUCUGGAUAACGUAUUAUACCGAGAAUUCCCUCGCAUGUCGUUACGACACGGUGAAAGAGAAGCAGGAAACUGGCAAAGGCUAUAUGAUGCAAUGUAUUUGGGAUGGCGAUAUGAGAAACUCUCAUGAUAUUGCUCAGUUCCGAUUUAUGCUGAAGAACAUAUACACCUGGGCCGUUACAGAGUUCAGGCCCACAAUAGCCAAAUAUAUCGACCAUUGGGAGUACCUUUACUCCAAAACCUUCUUGGAAGCCCAGCGAGCAGCAGUGGCAUUUCGAGAGGAGGAAAUGGAGUCAAGGAGUCGGCAGCAGAGCCCCGAAGCUGACGAGUCACCUACUAAACAACUGGAACGUACUAUCGAAAGGAUGAUGUCCUUGAACCUGAAUGAGAGAGUGACGCCGACCUCCAACAGGCAUGCGGGUCCCAUUUCGGUAUCUUCAACUUCACCGAGCUCAGUGCGUCGAAGCGCACGAAUAAAAGCACGGCGUGAAGCCCAACUCUCCCUCGGUUUGACUACUCAAUUGGACAGGUCUGCCUCACGUCUUAAAGAAACUAUAGCGGCUGGGCCUUCCCGGAGACGAGAAAGCGGGACGAAAUUUCUCGCAGGACCAAUUGAGUUUGAAGUUGAUGGGAGUACCAGUGAUGACGAUCAUAAACAAGUUGAGGAAAAAGAUGAGAGCGGCGAAGAUGAUGAGGAGUGUGAGGAUGAUGAUGAAACUGAUGAGGAUGAUAGUGAUGAGGAAAACCUCGUAUGGGACUAUGUUAGAAGGCAGUACGUGCCGGUAUAUAAAUAG